GCCAUAAAAACCUCUCCGUGUCUCCUUCUCUCUCUGCAUGCACAUCUCUUUAACGUGAACACGAGUCUAUACGGGAAAGUGAAGGGCUGCAGUUGCUCACACACGAGAGCACACGUUAUAGCUGCCAGCUGGUGCGGCGACGGAUGGAGAGUGUGCUCGAUGGGAUGCAUAUCAAGUGAGGGCAGUGGCGUCACGCCACCGCAUUGCGGAACGACAGAGUGGCUACCGACUCAUUCUUCCUAGGAUCAGUUGGCCUUUCGGGAAGCCCUGGUGCAUAGGUGUGAACGUGUGGGUAGCACUCGGGAAGGAUUGAUUUGCCGACGGAAGGCAAUACUUCCUAGAUGGCCACCUACAUGACUCACGUGAUGUUUUUUUUUUCCUAUGGCAUGCCAUGCAACUGACUUCUUCAGUUGAAUUUUACUUCUCUGAAAGUACGCGACCGUCUUGUGAAGACCAUGGAAGUUGUGACUUGAUGAGAAUGCACGCUGUCAGUAGCGCGUGACGAAAGCACCGAACAAGGACUGCUUACUACACAGAAUAGAAGAAAGCCUGCGACAAGGAUGUGCCUCAACAAGGUUGCUACCCAGCAGAAACGUUGUUGCAGACUUGCAGGAUAUGCUGGAGGCAACCGCCGCGCAAGGUUUUGCAAUAUUAGGUUUUCGUCAUCUCAUUUCUCUUGUUCUCACAAAGUUCCAAGUGGGCAGAGGUAACGAGAGUACCAUUGGGUGCAGGAAAGUUGACGCUCAAACGAAAGUUCAAUCGUCUACUUAUAAUGCUCCUCCUGGGACACUUGACCGCAGGCAGUGAUUUAAUUCUGUGCUUCGGCAGAACUGGCCUCACAAUGCAUGAUCUACUGCUUACGUAGCUUUCAUAGUUACGUGUAACUGUGAGCUCUACGACAGGAAGGAAAAGACACUAAGAGACACUUUCGUUGCUAGGCAACGACACUACAGUGAUAUUGGUCUUCUGGAAGCGUGCAUGGUGGAUUCCACAGAUGCCGAAUGGAUGAAGCGAAAGCAACGGAUACGUACUCAUUCAUUCCACAUUGAGUUCCAGAUCAAACAGUGUGAUUUGCGGAGACCUCGUUCCCCGCGAAGACACGUCGCCGUAGGAACGCAUUUGCGCAUAGUCGGAGUGGGAACCUUGUCCCUAUAUAGAACGUGAAGUUCCAAGACGAAUAUCAAGAUGAGGCAUCGCGAAUCCUCUCAGAACAGACGCCAUCAAGGUCCCGAUGGACCUUGGGCUUGGCUUGUGAUUUCGGCCGUGGCCUGGAAUCUCUUCUGGCUCAGCCUAUUGCGUCAUUCUGCAGGUGUAAUCUUCGUCGCGCUGCUGUCCAGAUUUGGCGAGAGCAGAGAGAGGACCAGUUGGGUCAUCAGCCUCAACAUGAGCCUCGCCAUACUCUUAGGUCCUCUGUGGGGCCUGCUGACCAAGGUCCUGUCGCUGCGGACUCAGGCUUUGUUGGGCUGCCUGAUCGUUGGCGUGAGCAGCGUACUGUGUUACUUCGCACGCAGCGUGACCACUGUGAUCAUUCUGCAAGGCAUCUGCGGAGGAAUAGGUCAGGGAAUCGUGAUGCCGAGCAAGGAACUGCUCAUAGGCUACCACUUCCGAAGGCACCGCGGAUCGGCCAACGGCAUCUGCUUGAUCGGUGGUACCCUGGCUGCCUUCGUCUACCCCAUGAUCCUGCUCUUGCUCAUCCAGGAGUACAAUCUAGGUGGUGCGCUGCUCAUAACAGGGGGCCUCCAGCUCCACGCCCUGGCCGGGUCCCUGUUCUACAGAAAGCCACUUUGGGCCCAAGUCCAGAACGGAACCGAAGCCAGGAGAAACAGCGCCAGACUGAAGCCCCGAGGAGACGACGUCAAUUACAUGAAGGGCCAUGAAGUCUCCAAUAUGCAAGAAGCACCGCACGCUGCCGACAUGGGGCAUGUCUCAAUGUCCAUUAUUAGACCUGGCUCGAGAAAGCUGGCACCCUAUCGAAACGGUGACGUCAUGGAUGCUGCCGACGGUGCUGAGGAAGAUGUCCGAGAGAAAGGACAGUGUGGUAGCAACCUCCUGCAUAACUGUACCGAUCACAAAAACCGAGAAACCAAUGGCUCUUCUGCCUCCGCGAGUGCAGCUGUUGCUUUGCUAAGCAACGAGACCGGAAAUGCCGUCGAAGACAAGGCUACCGCGACCUACGUCUUCCAGAAACACGAAGUCAGGUGGACGUCGUCAGCUGGUGCUCGUGAUCUCGGCUUCCUGAAGUACCCGGUCUUCUACAUGAUCUUAGCAACAUGCUCUUUUAGUGCCUUCUCAAUGGUGACGUUCACGAUACUCGUAGACUACGCCAAGGAGAGAAAUUUCAGCGCCCAGGACGGCGCAAUCUUGCUUUCGGUGAAGGCCAUUGGCGAUGCCAUUUCGCACCCGAUGUCGGGUCUCCUCCCUGGCAGGGGCCUGAUCGACCGGCGGACGCUCAUGUGCGCUAGCCAGCUAACCAUGGCCUUCUCGUGUGCGCUGCUGCCGCUGGCGGCGCACUCGUACCCCGCUUUGCUUGUGCUCUGCGUGCUUCUCGGGUGGAGUACCAGCACGGUGGUGGUGCUCUUCGUGCCCAUCAUGGCCGACAGGGUCGGAAUGGCGAGCCUUGGAAUGUCCAUGGGGAUCUGCAGGUUCGCCAUGGGUGUGGGUCCCCUGACAUGCCCACUCCUUAUUGGGUACUUCAAGGACCAGCUGGGCUCUUACGAGGGACUGUUCUACCUCAGCAGCAUCAUCAACUUCAUGGUGGGCUCGCUGUGGCUGGUCGACGCCCUUCGCAUGGUCGACACCCGGAGGAGGCGAAGGAGGGCCUCGGCUGCCGUUCGAUGGGACGCCGUGCCGACAAGCGACGAGCAGCCUCCUGCAGCAGUUCCUUCUUGACGGGCUGUGAACCAGUUGCCUCACCUUAAUUUCUUGCAAUGACCGCAAGGGACAUCUGAGAGAAUCUAGUAACAUGAAGGUGGUGCCUGCAGUGGGGACCCAUAAUUUACGGAACGCCACUGACCAGUCUUCGGCUUCGCUUUAGUGAUGCCCGUCUCACGGUGCCUGUCUCGUAAUUCAUGUAGUAUGCCUUAAGGCGAACGUCUUAAUUUUUCAGUAAACGCGAUAUGCCACCUUCAGCGGCUUCAACACGAGGGAUGCGAGAAAUCCUUAUAUAAUAAAAGC